AGCUGUCAUUGCGCCCUGGCCUCGGGGCCCCAGGCCUUCUCUUAGCCCCUGGGUGUGGCCCUCAGAGUGCAGUUAGGCUCCCGGACCUCCGUGCUCUGCUGAGGGUGGGGUCGCUUGUGCUCAGACCACAAAAGGAUGCCCUGGGAGGAGGAGCAGAGCCUGCCCAGUCUUGUCUGGGGCCUGGUCCCCACGAGCUGUUUCCUGGAGUCCCUUUCGUGCUCCCAGCCCUCUGUGUCCCGGGUCUGUACAACCGCCAGGAGGUGGCAGGCCAGCCUCCAGCCUUGGGGAGGGUGACUUGGCUGGGCGACCUUGUGGAAGUGAUGUCCCCUGAGCCUCAUCUCCUACGGUGGAGCAGUGGGCACCUGGGUGUGGCCAGCCCACCAAGAUAGGUGGACACCUGGUAAAUCCAUUCCUGAUAAACCAGAAGUUAGAGACGGGCUGAGUGCGCUUGCAGGAUGUGCUCUUGAAGCCGUGGGGCAGCGUGCAGUGAGGACCUUGUACGACCCAGCACUGGCACGCGUUCCUUCAGGAGGGUCUGUGGAGGCCUCCUUGGGGGGCACAGUCAGCUCUGGGGGCCUGAUGGCCAGAGCUGAGGAUAGUGGGGCCAAAGCACAGGAGGGAGCCCCCUCCCCGGGCAGCCUACUGGGGGGGAUGGUGGGUGGGCAGGGGCCUAGGGAGUUUCCAUCCUGUCCCCGCACUCUGGCCGGGUGGUCCUGAUGCCCGAGCCUGGGGCUGGCCUGAGCCUGGGGCUGAUGGCACUCCACCUCGCCCCCUCCCCCAGAGUCCCAGGUGCAGGGAAGGGUAUAGGAAUCCUGCACCAGUUCCCUCCUGGUUGGUUGGGCAUGGGACAAUGGGACGGGUGUUUAUGGCCACACAUCCCCCCCAGGCAGCCGGGGGUGGGGGGUGCCAGGUCUGGGAGGCAGGGGCAGGGUGCUGUGGGGGAGGAGGGACCCCUGGGUCCCUAGUGGCCACCUUAUCAGUGAUGCCAGGCGGGGCCAUCCCCAGGGCGGGGGCAGCAUCUCCCCGGGUCCUGUUAUCAGCCCCAGAGUCCACAGGACGCUCCUCGGGUUAACGUGUAACCACAUGCUGUCCCCUCCACCCCCAAAGCCACCCGUGCCCACGUACCCGCCACUCUGGGGGGGUCAUAGGCCGACAUGGACGCCUGGGAAGAGGGUCUGCCUGGAAAGCCUUACUUCUCAGCCCAACAGCUGCGUCUGUGCCGGUGGUUGAGCCCCUUCUUCCUCACCUGUGCCGUCUACUUCCUCUGGAUCCCGCAAGACCGGCCAUCCUGGGUCGGUGCCCUCUUCAAGUGCCUGCCGGUGGUGUGCCUGGUGGGGUCCCUGCAGGCCGUGCGCUGGGGCAGAGGCUACCGCGCGCUCCUGCAGGGGGCCCUUCUGUGCUCGGCUGUGGGGGACGCCUGCCUCAUCUGGCCUGACGCCUUCCUCUAUGGCGUGGCUGCCUUCACCGCGGCCCACCUGCUCUACCUCUGGGCCUUCGGCCUCGCUCCCCUGCGGCCAGGUCUCCUGCUGCCCAUCGCCCUGGUCUCUGGGCCGUAUUACGGCACCCUGCUGCUCCACCUCCCAGCUGGCAUGGUCCCGGCCCUGGUGACCUACUCCCUGGUCCUGGCCGCCAUGCUGUGGCGUGGCCUGGCCAGGGGCGGGAGCGUCCGCUGGGGGGCCCUGCUCUUCACGCUCUCGGACAUGCUGCUGGCCUGGGACACCUUCGUCCAGCCACUGCCCCACGCCCGCCUGCUGGUCAUGACCACCUACUAUGCGGCACAGCUGCUCAUCACCCUGUCAGCCUUCCCGAGCCCCAGGCUCAAGGCCAGCUGACGAGGCCGGCCCGACCGGUGGCACCCCCUACCCUCCGGCGAGGCCCUGGGCCUCCCAGACAGGUGCCGCCAAGUGGGACGGAAGGCCCAGGCUCCUGGACUCGUAUGCGGGUGCCCGUGCGGUUCGAGACACGUGAGACCGUCUGUGGAAAUCCACAUCCACCGCCAAGCCGCCACGGCCGCCUUCCCUCUGUUCUGGCUGCAGCCGCCCACCUGCCUCCCCUGUGCACCCGCCCCCUUCCCUGCGGCCCUAAGCUGUUUCGUGCCCAAGUAAAGUGGACACUGAAACAGUGACAUCGCCAUUAUUUGGGGAGGGGCCUUGGGAGAGGGGUGCUCGCCAGAUCAGCAGAUCGUUCUUUUUGCUUUUAUUUUUUAAUUUUAAUUUUUUAAAAAGAUUUUAUUU